GCUCCACGGCUCUGUGCAUUAAACAGAGCAGUUUGAUCUCAGAUUCUUUUAGGCACAAUUUUCUGUUCUAUCAGAAAAAGACAAAUUUCUAAGAGGAGCUUGAACAAAUCUGCCGAGCCCAUAAUUGCCUGUAAAGAUGAUCAACCCCAUAGACAAUCUAAUGGUGCCUCUGUAGGAUUAGUUUAGGGUUUUAUGGGUAAUGUAAUGUUGGGGCUCCAUUUGAAGUCGGGUGUUUUGAAGAAGCAAAGUUGAUGUUAUGGAGCUGCAAAUUGUGGCGAAAGAGAGCGACAAAGAGCAAAGGGAGCGCGACAGGGACCAUGACUUGACCAGCCUAACAGAUGGCGAGCUUGAUGACAGAAUCAAGAGAAUUUUCAGAUUAAUAGGUUUAAAGAGCUGUCAUUUGCUCGAUAGCGGCCACAAGCUAAAUGAUAGCGGUCACAAGCUCCGCCUUUUUCUUCAGAAGAAUCUAGAUGAGAGAAAACGCAGGCAAGACCUCGCAAAGGUUAGAUCUUUUGGUAAUGUGGUGGCGAGGCUCCAUUUGAAGUCUGGGUGCCUUGAAGGAUGCAAAGAUGAGGCUAGGGAGCAACACAUUGUGGCGAAAGAGAGCGACAAAGAGCAAAGGGAGCGCGACAGGGACCAUGACUUGACCAACCUAACAGAUGGUGAGCUUGAUGAUAGAAUCAAGAGGAUUUUCAGAUUAAAAGGUUUAAAGAGCUUUCAAUUGUUUGAUACCGGUCACAAGCUCUGCCUUUAUCUUCAGAAGAAUCUAGAUGAGAGAAAACGCAGGCUAGAUGAGAGAAAACGCAAGCAAGGCCUCGCAAAGGUUGGUUUUUUUGGUAAUGUAGCAGCGGGGCUCCAUUUGAAGUCUGGGUACCUUGAAGGAUGCAAAGAUGAGGUUAGAGAGCUACACAUUGGGGCGAAAGAGAGCAGCAAAGAGCAAAGGGAGUGCGACAGGGACCACGACUUGAGCAGCCUUACAGAUGGUGAGCUUGAUGACAAAAUCAAAAGAAUUUUGAGAUUAAUAGGUUUAAUGAGCUGGCAAUCGCCUGAUGCGAUUCACAAGCUCUACCUUUAUCUUCAGAAGAAUCUAGAUGAGAAAAAACGCAGGAGAGACCUCACAGAGAUUGAAUUUUUUGAUACUGUAAUGGCGGGGAUCCAUUUGAAGUCUGGCUGCCUUGAAGAAUGCAAAGAUUUGGUUACGGAGCCACACAUUAUGGGUGAAGAGAGCGAGAAAGAGAAAAGGGAGUGCGACAGGGAUCACGACUUGACCAGCCUAACAGAUGGUGAGCUUGAUGACAAAAUUGAGACAAUGUUGAGAUUAAAAUGUUUAAGCUAUCGACUGCCUGAUAGGGGUCACAAACUCUGCCUUUAUCUUGAGAAGCAUCUAGAUGAGAAAAAACGCAGGAAAGAGGUCGCAAAGGUAUCUCUGAUUCUGGAAAUUCCGGAAGACAGAUUCCUGAUCCUGCUGAAGGAAGGACUGACAACAGUUUACAAGGAGGAGGCUAAGAGAGCACAUUUUGAUUUCUUGCUUCAGGGAAGAAACAAUCUGAAUGAGAAAGAAAUGGAUGUUCUAAAGGACUAUAUGAAGUCUCAUAAUAUGAUGAAGCUCGACAAGAAAAGGAAAGCUGAACCAACAGGCAAGGAAAGAUACGAACCUGUGAUUAAAGAUCCGGAUGCAAGUAAUCUUCCUGAUCCACUGAUCGGGACUUAUGACAUUGACCAGCACGAGGCCAGCAGCAAGCGGUGCUGCUGGGAGUAGUGUUUUGCUCUCAUGUCUUUUUGGCCUUUUUGUAUUUGAAAACGAUGGAUGAUAGAUAGACAGAUCUGCUCUGUUUACUGCUGGUUUUGUAGACGAGUGCUGUACUUAUUGAUGUUGCUGCUCCAUAUAUUGUAACCUUCCUUUCGUAAACUAUUUCAUAUAUAUAUAGAGAUCAAAAUUAAUUGUAAA